GUUAAGUAGACAACCGCCUCAAAAUGAAGAAGCAACAAAAGAUUCGGCUGAAGUAGUGAUGGCAAGUGAAAGAGAUGCUCUUAAACAUGGUUACCUAAAGAGAUUAAGUCAAUUUGUCAAACUUCAUGAACAACGAUAUUUUGUGUUCACUCAUGAAGGUUCUUUGAACUACUUUAAAAAUGAAAAUGAUGGUACAGACGCUAAGGAAAUUAUGAUCACUCGUGAUGUUCAGAUCAGGAAUAUUAAUGGCAAAAAUUUAGAGUUCGAAAUUGAAACAAAAACAAGGACCUUUAGACUCAUUGCUUCAACAGAAAAAGAAAGGGACGAGUGGGUCUCUGUACUUAACGAAUACAAAAAAACUCUUCCUGAAUCUGAUGAGAAUAAGAAUUAA